AUGGUCAGAGCAGCCCUGCCACUUGCACUUAGAUGUAACGCGUGUGGACAGACCGUUGCGCGCGGGAAGAAGCUGUAUAUGCAAAAGAAGGGAAGUAAGCAGGGAUUGAUAUUUAUGUUCAAAUGUCCGUACUGCACCACAACUCUCUCAUUCAUUGCAUCAAUCGCUGACGGCUGCUACCUUCCUGGAGAGCACACGGUGCAGGUUGGGACAGCUGCACGAGAGCAGGCCUCCGAGCAACCGCCACCAAAGCGUCUCAGUGAUGAACUGCUGCUCUCUACUGCUAUAACAAAAAAUCCCAGGUUGAGUGAAGAGUAUGUCAUGCGUGAAUAUGUUCGUCAGUUCAAGGUACUCCAGAGGGCAGCUAGUCAAGAAGCUCCGGAAGAGCCGACCAACCUUGAUACCAGAUAUCGCGCACUUUCUUUUCUGGAUCAUGCCUAA